UUUUAAAAUUUUUCGGCGACGUCGACAAGUUCGUUCCCAACUCUUCCAACGCAGCAACCCGUUGCGUCAGUGGUACUUGGAAAUCCAAGUCUGCAAGGCUGUAGUGUUUUCCCUGGCGAUGUGCAGAUGACAAUAUAGCGCUAUCUGCAAUAACCAGGAGUAUUCAGUGGAGGACUACUUUAGAAGAGAGGGCAUGGAGUCUAGGUCACGUGACAGGCCCCUUAAGAUGGUUCUUUUUGUGGAUGCCGAUGUUUAUAGCCACUGUCCUUUCUACGCAUGCGUACUGACAAGACUGCUGGACCUCGGACACCACAUCGCCUUGUUCACACAUUACCAGGAKAUUCCAGUACUGCUACUCGAGAAACCGCCGUCCACUUCGCGUAGUGAUAACAAUGCCCCCACCACACCCACCAUCCAACUACAACAUAGACUUAAUCAUGCUGACGCAGUGCUUAUGAUCACAUCACGACAUAUACACGACCUUUCCUUCUCCUUGCUAAACCUACAAGUAGGMAAAAACUCGUUUGAUGGACACACGUACACUUGGGAAACUAACGGCUUCAAUUGCAUUCUACUUGGUGGAUGGAUCAAUAACCGAAAAGUUGCGAUGAAAGUUCGUGCGAUACUUGCCAGCGCCGACUACUAUCCGGACAUGACCCGAGCGCUUCCGAAACCAUCUUAUCUAAAUGGCUACAUUGAAGACUUAACCACAGAAACUGCAGGACCUUGUGUUUAGAUGUAAUUAGUUUAAUGUUAUCUACGUAUGAGUUUUUUCUCAGCAAUCUAGUACCAUUCUAGACAGUUAAAGUGCUACUUGCAUGAAAAUGCCCUUAUUUGAAAACUUCAAUACAAAUAUAUGACUUAUAUAUAUCUAUUAAAAACAAUUGAGGGAAAUUUACUCCACCUUUUUUUGCCCUUAUUAAGGAUUUGUAUCAAUAUCGUCUUGAAAUCCGAUUCUUCAUGAUUAUUAGACCCAUAUGGAUAGGUCUCUUUGAUUUAUAAGUCUUUUCUAAUGUUUUGAAAUUUUCGUCCAAGUAGCCUUUUAACCCAAGCGAAUGAAAAACCUCUCGAUCUCCCAAUUUCAUCGUCACGAAAACUAUUUGCAUGGUUGAUUCUCUCAUAACCAAAAAAGAGGAAAGGACAAAAAAUGGAUUAUUAUUAAACAGAGAACAACUGAAAACAAAAAUGCAUAAAGGGAGAAAAGGGAGAAAAUUGGCAGAAUGGAAAGGAAAAAUGCAUAGACAUAGUAGAGUGGAAAAGAGGGAAUGGAGKGAUGGAUGGAAGAAAAGAUGAAAUCGAAAAUGACAAGUAGUCAAAGCGAAGGAAACAUGACAGAAUGAAAUUAAAGAGAUCGAAGGAUAGGUAUGAAUU